AUGAUUUCAACUAUUGUUUCUUCUGUCAGAAAACAACAUGUCAUUCUGUUCAGCAUUGGACUUCUAUUUUUCAUUUUUUCAUGCUUUGUCCUAUACACCAACCCUGCAAAGUCCAUAGUGCUAAUUCUUAUCAGUGCUCUUCUUUUCGCAUUUUAUUCAUGGAUUCUAUCCGAUAUCGUCACGGAACCUGUUCGAUUGAGAGCUCUGGGUGGCCUUGCGCUUCUUCUUAUAAUUGCUUUACUUGCCUCUACUAAUCGGUCACAGAUAUCAUGGAGACCUGUGCUAGGCGGAAUAACUCUGCAGUUCUUGUGUGGAACAAUUUUCUUGAAAUGGGAUCAGGGCAAUCUGGGAUUACAAUGGCUUGUCACAAAGGUUGUUGGCUUUCUUGAUUACACAUACAGAGGCUCUCGUUUUGUAUAUGGAUUUGCGACUAGUCCGCCUCCCAUAUGCGAUUUUAGCUAUGUUUUUGUUUUUACGGCUCUCCAAAUACUCAUCUUCUUCGGAGCAGUUGUAGAACUGCUCUAUCAUUUGGGCGUGAUUCAAGUAGUGUUGAAAAGAUUAGCAUGGGUGAUGUCACAUUUAGUAGGGACUACAGGAUCAGAAUCCUUGAAUGCAGCGGCAUGUAUAUUUGUUGGGCAGACAGAAGCUGCAUUGCUAGUUGGCAAUUCGCUAUCAAGAUUAACAUCUAGUGAACUACAUACUAUCAUGACUACAGGGUUCUCAUGCAUCGCCGGAUCAUUGUUUAGUGCUUUCAUAGCAUUUGGGGCAUGUCCUUCCUAUCUUCUAACGGCUACGGUGAUGUCAGCCUGUGUUUCACUAAGUUUCUCAAAAAUUGUUUGCCCGGAGACUGAAGAAACAAAAGAUCGAGAAUUUUCUUUUGCGAAAAGUCCGCACAAUAACAUAUUAGAAUGCAUAUCUGCUGGAGCUACCAAGUCAGCUGGAUUGGUUAUGGCGGUCGGAGCUAAUUUACUCGUUUUUCUGGCUUUAUUGCAAUCCGCAAACAGUGUUAUCUUCUAUUUGGGAGAUUUAAUAGGUUACCAAGGCCUAUCAUUGAAUAGGAUGAUUGGAUGGGCAUUCUUUCCGCUCGCUUACAUGAUGGGUGCUUCUGAUGAUGCAGAUCCAGAAAUUGCAUUGCAGGAAACCAUUUAUGUAGCGGAAUUAAUGGGAAUCAAAACAGUCCUCAAUGAAUUCCUUGCUUACAAGCAUUUAGCCUACUUGAUUUCAAGUGGAAAGCUUUUGGGGGCACGUGCUAGAAUGGUAGCCACAUUUGCAUGUUGUGGUUUCUCUAAUAUAUCCAUGAUUGGAUCCAUGUUAGGAACGUUAGGUCAAUUGGUUCCCGAACGGAAGCAAUUAUUAGCUAAGCUUGUUGUUAGAGCUUUAAUAUCAGGUGCUCUCUCUUGCUUCGCAACAGCCACUGUCGCUGGAAUAAUUGUUGGCAAUCCAGUCGGAUGCCUACCAUCAUCGAACACCAAUUGUGUCAGUCUACAUGAUCUGAACACUACUUUCAAUGUUCGGCAAUCAAUCAACUAA